AUGCCCAUGCCAUGUCACCGGUGGUGGCACCGUGCCCAUGGCGAUACCCGUGCCUGCAACGACACGGUGCUGGCGGUGACACCGCAGGCUGGCCGGGAGUACUCGCCCGCAGCCACCACCUCGGAGAAUGGGGGCGGCAAGAGGAAGCAGAAGGAGAAGGAGCUGGAUGAGCUGAAGAAGGAGGUGAACCUGGAUGACCACAAACUGUCCCUGGAUGAACUGGGCAGGAAGUACCAGGUGGAUCUGUCCAGGGGCCUGACCAGCGCGCGGGCGGCCGAGAUCCUGGCGCAGGACGGCCCCAACGCGCUCACGCCGCCGCCCACSACGCCCGAGUGGGUCAAGUUCUGCCGCCAGCUCUUCGGGGGCUUCUCCAUCCUGCUCUGGAUCGGYGCCAUCCUCUGCUUCCUGGCCUACGGCAUCCAGGCCGCCAUGGAGGACGAGCCCUCCAACGACAACCUCUACCUGGGGGUGGUGCUGGCCGCCGUCGUCAUCGUCACCGGCUGCUUCUCCUACUACCAAGAGGCCAAAAGCUCMAAGAUCAUGGACUCCUUCAAGAACAUGGUGCCCCAGGUGGGACCCGGGGGUACCGCGACAGGGUGCUGCGCCCCUACACCACCAUGGCACCCCUGGGUGCCCACGGGUGCCCCAUGGUCCUGUCCCCCACCCAUGGCACCCCUGGACCCUCAUGGCUACCCCAUGGGUCUGAGCGCCCUCCCAGAGGUGGCCCAAUGUCCCCUGGGUGUCCCCGGUGUCCCCCGGGUGGGCAAACGCCCGCGGUGCCCUUGGUGUGGGUGUCCCCCAGGCACGGCGCGGGGCAUCGUCAUCUCCACSGGGGACCGCACGGUGAUGGGGCGCAUCGCCUCGCUGGCCUCGGGGCUCGAGGUGGGGCGCACGCCCAUCGCCAUGGAGAUCGAGCACUUCAUCCGCCUCAUCACYGGCGUCGCCGUCUUCCUCGGCCUCUCCUUCUUCAUCCUCUCGCUCAUCCUGGGCUACACGUGGCUCGAGGCCGUCAUCUUCCUCAUCGGCAUCAUCGUGGCCAACGUGCCCGAGGGGCUGCUGGCCACCGUCACUGACAACCAGAUCCACGAGGCCGACACCACCGAGGACCAGUCGGGUGCCACCUUCGACAAGCGGUCGCCCACCUGGGCGGCCCUGGCGCGGAUCGCGGGGCUCUGCAACCGCGCCGUCUUCAAACCGGGCCAGGAGAACGUCUCCAUCUCCAAGCGCGACACGGCGGGCGACGCGUCCGAGUCGGCGCUGCUCAAGUGCAUCCAGCUCUCGUGCGGCUCCGUCAAGAAGAUGCGGGACAAGAACCCCAAAGUCACCGAGAUCCCCUUCAACUCCACCAACAAGUACCAGCUCUCCAUCCACGAGCGGGAGGACGAUCCGCAGGGAUACCUGCUGGUGAUGAAGGGCGCUCCGGAGCGCAUCCUGGACCGCUGCAGCCGCAUCCUGCUGCAGGGCCAGGAGGUGCCGCUGGACGAGGAGAUGCGUGAGGCCUUCCAGAAUGCCUACCUGGAGCUGGGCGGCCUGGGCGAGCGCGUCCUGGGGUUCUGCCACCUCUACCUGCCCCCGGACAAGUUCCCGCGCGGCUUCCGCUUCGACGCCGACGAGGUCAACUUCCCCACGAGCGACCUGUGCUUCGUGGGGCUCAUGUCCAUGAUCGACCCACCCCGCGCCGCCGUGCCCGACGCCGUGGGCAAGUGCCGCAGCGCUGGCAUCAAGGUGAUCAUGGUGACCGGCGACCACCCCAUCACGGCCAAGGCCAUCGCCAAGGGCGUGGGCAUCAUCUCGGAGGGCAACGAGACCGUGGAGGACAUCGCCGCCCGCCUCAACAUCCCCGUGAGCCAGGUCAACCCCCGGGAGGCCAAGGCCUGCGUGGUGCACGGCUCCGACCUCAAGGACAUGACGUCGGAGCAGCUCGACGAGAUCCUCCGCAACCACACGGAGAUCGUCUUCGCCCGCACGUCCCCCCAGCAGAAGCUCAUCAUCGUGGAGGGCUGCCAGCGCCAGCCGGCCAUCUCGCUGGCCUACGAGGCGGCCGAGAGCGACAUCAUGAAGCGGCAGCCGCGCAACCCGCGCUCCGACAAGCUGGUCAACGAGCGCCUCAUCAGCAUGGCCUACGGGCAGAUCGGGAUGAUCCAGGCGCUGGGCGGCUUCUUCACCUACUUCGUGAUCCUGGCGGAGAACGGCUUCCUGCCCUCCACGCUGGUGGGCAUCCGCCUGGCCUGGGACGACCGCUCCACCAACGACCUGGAGGACUCCUACGGGCAGGAGUGGACCUACGAGCAGCGCAAGGUGGUGGAGUUCACGUGCCACACGGCCUUCUUCGYCAGCAUCGUCGUGGUGCAGUGGGCCGACCUCAUCAUCUGCAAGACCCGCCGCAACUCCGUCUUCCAGCAGGGCAUGAAGAACAAGAUCCUCAUCUUCGGGCUGCUGGAGGAGACGGCGCUGGCCGCGUUCCUGUCCUACUGCCCGGGCAUGGGGGUGGCGCUGCGCAUGUACCCGCUCAAGGUCACCUGGUGGUUCUGCGCCUUCCCCUACAGCCUCCUCAUCUUCGCCUACGACGAGGUGCGCAAGCUCAUCCUGCGCCGCUACCCCGGCGGUUGGGUGGAGAAGGAGACCUACUACUAG